CAAACCUUAGCAAACACAUACAGACAGGUACCCAGAUUUGAGUGAGCCCAAAAAAAUGGAGAGGGUGAGGAGAAUGGUGACGGAGAAGCCGGCGGUGAUUUUUAGCAAGAGCUAUUGUUGCAUGAGCCACUCCAUCAAGGCGCUUUUUAGUGACCUUGGGGUUUACCCGGCGGUGCACGAGCUCGACCAGAUGCCCCGGGGCCGGGACGUCGAGCAAGCGCUGGCGGCGCUCGGUUGCAACCCCACUGUUCCGGCGGUGUUCAUCGGCGGCCAGUUGGUGGGGGGAGAGAGUGAGGUCAUGACCCUUCAUCUCCAGAGAUCUUUGAAGCCAAUGCUUAAGAAAGCAGGAGCAUUAUGGGUUUAAUUAUAUUAAUACUUGGAAAUAUUGCAUUUUUGGUACUAUUACUUAUACGCGUGGUACUGACUUAAUAGUCAUUGAGUUAUAUUCGUGACCACUUUAAACCCUUAAGUUAUGGCGAGUUUAGUCUCUAAAGGACACUUUAUUAAGUAACAUAUUGGUGGAAGAUAUAGUUUUCGAUGGACUAAAAUAGCUAUUUCACGCAUAACUUAAGCCAUAAGGGUUAAAAUGGUCAUACAUAUAUAUAACUUAUGGGCCAAAUUUGUACCAUGAGUAUAACUAAAGGAUCAAAAAUACAAUUUUUCUUUAAUACUUUAAUAAAUGUCAAAACAUAAGUGGCUAGGGAAAGUUCGAGAUUAUAUUUUAUAUAUCUAGAAAAAGUGGUUUAAAAUUUAGAGUUCGUCGUCAGAAAUCGGGUCUAUGAAUAAUGCAUAUAUAUAUGAUAUAUAGUUAUUGCUCCAAUUUUCCUAACUCUAUAGAUAUGGAGCAAUGAUGAGUAAUGAUGAAUAAUGUGUUGUACCACUGCUGCGGCUUCUUUUUUGUAUUGCAAGCUGUUGAGGGUAUUUCCCCCCUUUAUUUUGUAUGUGCUAUUAAUAAAUUUUGCUUUAUUACUA